AUGUUUAUUGUUACUUAAAUUUUUGAUGAACCUGAGGAUGAUAAAGAAAACAGAUAAGCCAGAUAGAUUGUAUCCUUCCUUUUAAGAUUCUCUUACUAUGCUUUUCAAUUAAGUGUCAUUUAUGAAUCUGCUUAUAUUGUAUACUUUGAGAUGAGAUCAACCUUAUUUUCAAUUUACUUCCUUUUCUUGUACUUUUUUCUGUUAAAGUCAUUUUACUUAUCCAUCCGAAGGAAAAGCUAUACUUAUGUAAAUAUGAUUGAAGAACAAAAUUUAUGUAAAAGAUGCAAAAUACAUAGAGGUUAUAUUUAAUGUAAAAUAUUUAGAAAUAACAACUCAUCAUUGUAAGAUCUGUUAAACUUGCGUAUUAGAAAUGGAUCACCAUUGUUUCUUCAUUGGAAAUUGUGUAGGGAAAAAUAACUAUAAAUAUUUUAUAAGUUUUAUUUGUUAUACAAAUAUCCUGACUUUAAGUGUAUUGCUAUAUUUAGGUGAACAAUUCUACUUUUUUGUUACUUUUCGAUUUGGAUUAUUAACAGUAAAUUGGUUUAGAUUGAUAUUUGUUUAUAUUUUCACAACAUUACUGCUUUUUUCGGCACUUUCAAUGUUGUUUGCUUAAGCAUAUGUCUUAGCAAACAACAGUUCGAUGGUUCAUAUGAGAAAAUACCCUGAAUUAAAGAAAUAUACUUAUUGUUAAUUUAUACUUAGUAUAUUUAAGAAAUCUUUAUAUACAGACAUUUAUAACUCAUGGAAAUAAAGAAGUGAAUAAUAUUAUUUAUUAAUACCAUGA